AACUUUCUUUAUCCGCGGAAUUGCUAAAGGGUGCAUUUUCUGAGGGUGCUGUUUUCUUAAGUAGAUUAUUUCUCUUAUAAACGCAUAUAUGUAACACAACAUCUCAAUGUUUGUUUUUGUUUGUUUUUUUUUUAUUACUUAUUUGUUUAUUUUUUCUUUUUUUUUUUUUUUUUUUUUUUGGUGAAAAGAAAUGUUAUGCUAACUGGCUGUAUACGGUUUUCGUUUCAUUGAAAGGCUCUGAAAUAUUGAAUGAGGUCUCAAAAUUUAAUAGUUUAUAUAAAAUAAAGAAUGCCUACAAACUGCCUUAGAGGCGUUAAACCUUGCUUCUAUAUACAUCACAACUUUAAUAUCUCACGAUACACCUCAGCUUGUGUACGCAUGCGUAGUAGUUAGCCAGGUGCUGCAAACUGUCAAAAGUCAUGUAAAUUCCUGUAGGCAUUUGUUUACGCGAUGUACUUUGCUUGCAUAUAAUACGUAGAUUUUUUAUUUUAACAUCUUAAGGCUGUUGCUUACAGAUUGUCUCUCUCUUCAGCUGUAGACCGCUGUAUGUUUAAAUACGGUUGGUAACAAAGGACGCCGUAUUUGCAAAUGGCGACUCCCACCUACCUGUAUUGCUUUACCUAAAAUAGCAUCUACUUUGAGAGUGACAGUGCAUGCAACUAUGAGAUAAUGCAACAGAUAUGAAAUGUUGAAGUACUAUAACAAUCCACAAUACUGUUUAUUUAUUUUAAGUCUUAGUAUUGUCUGAAAGCUAAAAACAUGUCGACCAAGAUUGGCAAGAAAAAGGAGCAGCGCAUCCUUGCUAAUAGGUACCAGGUCGUAAGAAAACUCGGAAAAGGAAACUUUGGAACAGCUUACCUUUGUAAAGAUUUACGUCAUGUAAAAUCCCAAGAUGAAGAUGCAGGAUUGAAAGUUAUGAAGGAGAUUUCAGUGGGAGAUUUGCAGCCCGAUGAGACAGUGGAUGCCAUGCAUGAGGCUCGACUUUUAUCAAAACUAGACCAUCCUAGUAUUGUACACUUUCAUGACAGUUUCAUUGAUGGAGAAUUCUUCUGUAUUGUUACUGAAUAUUGUGAGGGUGGAGAUUUAGACAUGAAAAUUCAAGAAUAUAAGAAAUCAAAGAAGCAGUUUGAUGAGAAAGUUGUGUUAGAUUGGUUUGUACAGCUAGUGCUAGCCGUCCACUACAUGCACAGCCGGAGGGUACUACACAGGGAUCUUAAAACUAGAAAUAUAUUUUUGAAAAAGAACAGGGUAAAGAUUGGAGAUUUUGGUAUAUCAAGGAUUUUGAUGGGAACGACAGACUUAGCUUCUACAUUUACUGGUACUCCAUAUUAUAUGAGUCCAGAGGUGCUCAAACAUGAAGGCUAUAAUUCUAAAUCGGAUGUUUGGUCUAUAGGUUGUAUACUGUACGAGAUGUGCUCCCUAGAUCAUGCUUUUGAUGGGAAAAGUUUAAUGGCGGUCAUGUAUAAAAUUGUUGAAGGGGAGCCUCCAGACCUACCGUCCAAGUAUUCAAAAGAUCUCAACAAAGUUUUGAAGUUAAUGUUGAACAAAGAUCCUGAGAAACGACCAUCAGCCACAGAACUGAUAAAAGUUCCUCUUAUCUCUGCUCAUAUAGCUAAAAUGUCGGAAGAGUAUCAAGCAAAGCAUAGUAGCCAUGACAGUAAUAAUGCCAAUAAUGAUGCCGUAGAAAUUGCUAAAGUUCUAAGAGAGAAAUCGCGUCUAGAUGAUUUAAGGAAAUCAGAAGAUGAUAUAAAGUUCAAGAAUCUACCACCAAGAGAAAGAAUGAGAUUAAAGAAAAUGAAGGAGGCAGAUAGGGAGGCAAAGAGAUUAAGUGAAGUAGCACGUGUUCAGCUUAUAGAAAAUCAGCAGCGGAGAACUGCAAUUCAGCAGACAAUUAACAAACCUUCUAUACCCGCAUGGCAGGGUGGUUCGGGCGAGGGUAUGGAUCUGCGGUCGGCGCUCACUGUGAAAGGUGUUGGUACCAAACAACCCAACAAAGACUUUGGCACAAGAUCUGCUCCUAUGGUAUUGUAUGAUGAUAAAAGUUCUGAUGAAGACGAGCAGCAAGAGACAAUCAAAUAUAACCCGAUGAAGACCGCAGGCGGUCCCCCAUUGGAAGAAUAUCUACCGAAGAGUUCAGCAAAAUAUCAUGAUGAUAGACCUAUUACUCCAUUAAAGGAUAAAAUGGUCUAUGAGAAAGUCUUCUCUUCCCUUGAUUUUAAAGAUGGUAUUCCAGAGUCUCCAGCUCUUGCCAACACUUACUACUCUCAGUUUGAUGAAGAUUUUACUCCAUCUGAUGAGGAUGAUGGUGAUGAUGAAAAUGCUGUAACUGUCGUUCCUAAGAAAGCUGUUGCAGGCAGUGGCACUGAUGACGAUGAUGAUAUUCUCUUUGGAUCUGGAACAUUAACUAAAAAAGAUGAUGAUGAUGAAUUUUAUAGUCAUUUACAGUAUGUUUUAGACAAAGACAAUGAUACAGAAGGAACACUGACGCUUGCAGAUGAUGUUGAAGCUGGUGCGUUUGGACCUGUUGCCAGAGAGGCAAAGAUAAAAAACCUCAGGGCUGAAUGUGAAAAAAUGUUAGGUGCAGAAGGAUUUGAUAAAGCAUAUAAUUAUUUAAAAACUGCACGAUAUGAACGUGCCAAUGAGGCGACUGAGGAAGACAUUAUGCAGGGACUUCGAGACUUUGUGAAAAAUCCUAGUGACUGUUUCUUAGUUGACCAGUUGUUAUUUUUAGAAGAACAGCAUGGAACAGCAUCCUUGUAGUGAACAUUUCAACUUGGAACAGUGUCUUUAUACUGAGAAUCGGUGCAUGUGUACUCAGAAUGUGUGUGUAUUACUGAGAAUAAAAGUGCAUGUACUGAAAAUCAGGGCUUAUAGUUUAGUUACCUGAACAGGUUGCUUAGUUUGAGAUUUUGGAAAUAGUGUUGUUGUAGCUACCAUUAAGCAGAAACUUCUUGACUGUAGCAGAUUGAAUGUUGGAUUUUCUUCCACACUGGUGAAGCUUGCCAUUAAAUAUUUUUCUCAUUUUUUAAAACUAUUUUUCAAACUAUUUUGUCAGAUCCCGUAGUUUUAAGUAAUUUCCCCUAUAUUUACCACUUUUUUUAAGUGUUUGAAAGCUGGACAGUUGUUGUUUAACAUUGAAUGAAAAAUGUGAGAAAUCUGGAAAUUUCUUUCUUUCUGCACAUGAUAUUUUUGUUGUCCUGUUUGGCGCCAUAUAACCUAUACUGUGUUGGUGCCCCGUAAAACCCAAAUAAAUAAAUAAAUAAAUUAUUUGAUCCAUGUAUUUUGUAUAUUUUUAUGCGCAUGUUUUACAUGAGAUAAAUUUAAUAGCAAAAAAAAAAUGGGCAAAAUGAUCCUUGCCGUCUUACUUUUUAUUUUUACAGAUGUUGAGUGAAAGUCCGGCAUUUAAUUUGUUAUUGGUUUGAUAUAUGAAUUUUAUACAUGCCUGUUUUAAUAUGCCAUGAUACAAAUUGAAUUUUAUAUAAUUAGCUUUUUAUACGCCAGUUUGAAAAACGGGACGUAUUAUGGGAACGCCCCUGGGGGGCGGAAUGGCGUGCGGGCGGCGUCCACAGACUUUGUCCGGAGCAUAUCUUUUACAUGCAUGGAGGGAUUUUGAUCAAACUUGGCACAGUUGUUCACCAUUAUGAGGCGGAGUGUCAUGCGCAAGAACCAGGUCCCUAGGUCUAAGGUCAAGGUCACACUUAGAGGUCAAAGGUCAAAUUCAAGAAUGACUUUGUCCGGAGCAUAUCUUCUUCGUGCAUGGAGGGAUUUUGAUGAAAGUUGGCACAAUUGUUCAUCAUCAUGAGGUGGAGUGUCGUGCGCAAGAACCAGGUCCCUAGGUCUAAGGUCAAGGUCACACUUAGAGGUCAAAGGAUACAAGAAUGAAAACUUUGUCCGGAGCAUUUCUUCUUCAUGCAGGGAGAGAUUUUGAUAUAACUUGGCACAAAUGUUCACCACUAUGAGGCGGAGUGUCAUGCUUAAGAACCAUGUCCUUAGGUCUAAGGUCAAGGUCACACUUAGAGGUCAAAGGAUACAAGAAUGAAAACUUUGUCUAGAGCAUUUCUUCUUCAUGCAUAGAGGAAUUUUGAUAUAACUUGGCACAAAUGUUCACCACCACAAGACCGAAUUUCAUGCGCAAGAACCAGGUCCCUAGGUCUAAGGUCAAGGUCACACUUAGAGAUCAAAUGUCAGAUAGAAGAAUGACUUUGUCCGAAGCAUUUCUUCUUCAUGCAUGGAGGGAUUUUGAUGUAACUUGGCACAAUUAUAUACCAUCAUGAGACGAAGUGUCAUGCGCAGUUCCCUUCUUUAGAAUUACUUCCCUUUGUUGUUACUAUAAAUAGCUUAUAUUGUAACUUUUUUGUUACUAGUCGUAGGGAAAAAUCGAGACCACUUUUCUGUAGUACAACAUGCAUGUUACAUCCAAUUUUGAGGUGUAUUUUGACCAAUCUCUACCUGGUAAGGGUUUUUUUGUGGACUUACAAUUUUUUUUUGGAUUUUUUUUUUUUUUAAAGAUUAACUUCCCUUAGUUGUUACUAUAAAUAACUUAUAUUGUAACUUUUUUAUAAUUGAACGUAGGGAAAAGCCAAGACCACUUUUCUGUGGUACAACAUAGAUGUUACUUUCCAAUUUUAGGUGUAAUUUAAGGUAUCUCUACCUGGUAAGGAGUUUUUUUUGUGGACUUAUAAAAAAACAAAAGAAUUACAAUGAUUACUAAACAACCACAAAAUUAAAAUUCCAUCUGCAAACACAGGUGCUAGAGUAAAGAAAUUUGGUGUGACGGGUGUAUAUUGUGACAUUCUGGCACUCUUGUUACUGAUUGAAAUGUGCCUGAAUUAGCAUCAGUUUUUUAGUCAGUCAGUUAUAGGUGAUAUUUAGUUUAAUUAGGGCAAACACUACCCUGCUAAAUUUCUAGAACGGACUGGUCUGUCAUUCAAUUUGGGCAGCACCAUUUAUUGUUAACCUUUCCCAUGCUGAACACAAUUGAUUUGAUUCUGCCUUUCACCCCAUGUAGUUCUGGGACGAUCUGUGUGUGAAAAGAAUUGGAACCACUGCCUUACCCUUGCAUGAUCGUAAAAGGCGACUAAUAGGGUCUUAACACUUGGUUUUGCUGUAACUCUGUGAUUCCAGCAGGCAUGCAAAUUUUGAUUCCAUACCUCAUGUUUUUAUUUCGAUGUAAAUGAGAUGUGAAACCAAAAUUUGUAGUCCUGUUUGGCGCCAUAUAACCUUUAUUGUGUUGAUGCGCCGUAAAACCCAAAUAAAUAGAUUCUGCCUUUUGACCAGUGUAGAUCAUGUUCAGACUGCACAGAUGUGCAGGCUGAUCAUGAUCUACACUGUUCGCCAUUCAGUCAGUAUCUUUUUGGUAAGCAUUCAUUUUAAUAGUUAAUGGCACUGUCUCAAUUGAAAGAUGGACAUUGCAAGUUCAUUAUAGAAAUUUAGCUCAGUAAGGGUUAAAAGAGGUGUUUGCUUAAAAUUUACUGACCAAAUUGUGAACAUUGCAGACCAUGAUCAGCCUGCACGGAUGUGCAUGCUGAUCUUGGUCUGCACUUGCCGCAAAGGCAGAAUCACUUGCCAGCAGGCUAAAGGUAAACUUCAUUCUACUUACUGUUUGAUUCGCCUUUUCUGUAACAUAUUUUUUUGUGUGGGGGGGGGUUACAUUUUCUUUUGAAUAUUUUAUGAAAUAUUUAACUUGUACACAAGUAUAAAAAAAAAACCUAUUUGCGGUAAUAGGGACUUGUAAGUCUUUAAAAUAUAAUGGUACAAUGUGUUUGUUUUUUGGAUGUAUCAUCCAAAUAACAGAAAUUGUGAUUCAAGCAUUACGUCUUGAAAACAUUGUAUGACCUAAUGAGAUUAAAUAAUUUGGCUAGAAUAUGCAGAUUUAGUUGUCUAAAACCCUACUACUUGUAUUUAUGAAAAUUUACCAUUUGUAUUAUUGAAAAAAAUAUUUCUGUUUAAAACAAGAUACAUACUUCAUGCUUAUCUUCUUAGAAUAGAUAUUUCCCAAAAUUGAAGUCCAGUAUGGGAUUUUGUUCACCUUGGCCAAAUUGAACAAGGUAGUAGGGUCGGGGGCUUUGUUCAUUUUCCCACUUAGUAACAUAUUCAUUGCUUUAGUACAGUAGCAAAUUGUAUCAUGAGCAUGUUUAACAGGUAAUGUAGGGUACAAAAUGGGUAUUACAGACAUGUCAAAAUUUUAUUGUGAAUAUUGUUUCUGAUUUGUUAUUGUAACUACAAGUAUUAUGUUUUGAUAUAUUUAUGUGUUUUUGUUGGAGCUUUAAGUGUAUUUGUUACUAUAGGCAUCAAAAUCUUGUUUUCUACCAUAAUUUACUGACAUAUUUUAUUUUUUAAUGGAUUACAUUCUCAGCUAAGCUGAAGUAACACUGUUAGGAAUUUGCCCUCUGUCUUUAUAUGUCUGUUAAAAAUGACCUCAGUUAUGAAUUAUAAAGCUACAGUCAAAAUGUAAUUAAAUAGUAGUUAAUUACAAUUACAUUUAUAAUCACCCCAAGUCAGGUCAGCUUCAGGAUGUUCCUGUUUCAACGGUAUAUUUUUAAGCAUUCCAAUAGAAAUAAUACAUUCCCUUUUAUACUUUUUUAUACUGUGUGAUCAAGAAAUGUUUCUCAUAGGCAUUUAACAGUUAUGAAGUGGGACUUAAUUUGUUUACAAAAUUGUUGUUAAUUAUUAAAAAAAAAACCUGUGAUAAAACAGUUUAGGUACUUAAAAUGUACCUACAGAAAUUUUCUGUUGUAAUAUAAAAAUGAUUUUUUUUCUUUAAAUUAAAGUUGUUCAGCAAUGCACUUCAGCAGUAUUACUGCUAAUAAAUAUAAAAUUCCAUGUAGUUUUCAUGGACAUAAUGUUAGAUACUCCUGAAAAUAAGAAAAUGAAUGACAUGUGUCUUUGAGAAGAAUGCCAUAAAAUUGUUUAUGUUAUACAGUGGAACUGCUGAUUAUGCUGCAAUGCUAAGUUGCUCCUUUUAUUUUUUGUUCAAAUAAGUUUCAGUGUCACAUGCUUAUGGCAGGUACUAUCUCAUGACAUAUUUUCAGGAAAUAAUGUGGGCUGCUUACACAAAUUCUCACUUCAAAUUUUAUUUUCCAAUUUAAGUUUACAUUAAGUAAGCAACAUAAGUAUCAUUUUCAUACAGUGAAUAAUCAUGACAGCAUAUCAUAUUAACAAACUGCAGGUAAUUGGAGAACGACAAACCAACCAAAGUGUGAGAAAAUAUAUUCCCACUAUGGCAAUACAAAGAAGUUAUUUAAAGUAGCUAUUUCUUUUAGGCAAUCUAUUAAAAUUUGUCAAUAUCGACCACAUUGGUUCUUGUCAAUAUAAAGAUCGAGGCUUUUAUUGAAUGGCUUGUAGAAGGAAAUAUGGCAUAUAAUUUUGACUAUUGACUUGCAAGCCAUUCAAUAAGUAUUUUAUUAUAUGAACUGAUGAAUGAUAAAUUUUCACAGAUUACUUUAUUUCAAGUGUUUACUUAAUAGCCCAACAAACAAGUAUUGAAUAUAACCCAGUCAUAAAGCAAAAACUAUCAACUGGCAAUCCUGUAAUACUAUUAACCCUGAUUGCCUUCUGUUGGAAUGAUGACAGUUGUUUGUUUCAAUACUUGCUGCUUCUUAUCUGUGAUAUGGUAUAAUGUGCUAUGCUAAUUUUCAGAGUGAUCGGAGAUAUAUUUUAACAUUGAGAGUUGAGCCAUAAUUUUUUUUGUUUGCUCAUAUAAGUUGUCUUUCAUUAGAAACAUGAGAGGUUGAGAUAUCAUACUUGUAGGGGUGAGGUAGAUGUACGAUUUCAUUCUAUAUUUCAGUAAUAAUUAUAUUCUCCUUGGUAUUUUUUGAGACCAGUCUAAGAAUGCAGUGUUAUCAUUGGUCAACUUAAAUUAUUUACUCAGAAACAGGUUAACAUUUACAUAAGCUUUGAGACUGGUCUUCAGACUUUGUUCUAUAACCUUAGAUCCAGGAUAAUAUUCAGCAUAUCUUUACAGGUUUCCUACAUGUAGAAGAGCCAGAGUUGUCAUGAAAUCCCAACCUCUCUACUUUAUGUUUAAUUUUCAGUUCUUUAGUGUGUAUGUAGCUUUAGUCAGAGCUAACUUAUUUUUAACAACAGAUGUUUUCAUAUACAGUACAAUCGUGAUCCUACGAAAAGCCAAGGGACCGGCCGAUUUUUUCGUAUAUUCGCAUUUUCGUUCGAGCGUAGCAUAGGAAAUUUCACUAUACAGCACCUUAAUAUCUACACGUCGUAACUCGUGAUAUUUUUACAUGUGAUUUUCGUAUCGGAGUACAUGUAUACCAAUUUUAUAUGUACAUCUGGGUUUACUACAAAUCUUACUUGAAUCUAAACUUAGAUGGUAUGUAGAAUGUAGAACGGGUUGUUUUUUUCUUCACUUUUAAUUCACUGUACAUAAAACAUCUACAGGGUACAUUGUUGCACGAGAAAAAAAAAUCGCAGUGAUUCCUUGAGACGUAUAGAUAUCGAAGCAAGUGUGUCUUGUAUGCCAUCCGAUCGGACAGUUAUAGGAGAAUAACUAACUUGUGUCAUAGUGUACAGCAUAUGUGUUUUGAAUUUAAUUACUAAGUUUUCACACUUUAAUCACUGUUUACACCCAGCUAAAUGACAGUGACACUUUCCACUCUAAAGCAUUUUCACGCCGUUAUGGAAGGUGUGAAAACUUAGACGAUACAUUCGUAAAAUCGCAACUAAAACCAUUUGAAAACAGGCUUGAAGGGGAUCACAAUACAUUCGUAGGAGCGCAUUUUUCGUAAAAUUGCAUUUUCGUAAAACCGCGACUUUGUUACUUAGAAAUAAGAUGGAAAGCAGCCGGGACCACAGCACCUUUUCGUAGUAUACCGGUAGUUUGUUAAAUUGCGAUUUGUAGCAUCUCGAAUGCACUGUAUAUCAGUUCUGGGAAACCAUUUAAUCUUUGAUACAGCUAAUUUUGUAUUGUUUAAUAACUUUGUAAGUAAAUGUACUGUAUUUCAUUCCAUUUUUAGCUGAAAUAUUAUUAAGGUUGUUAUUUUUUACAAAACUAUGUAAUUUUUCGUUUCGUAAAUAUUUGAUCAUUCUCCUCCAUCAGACAAUAGAUCAGAAGUUUGACCUAUUGCCAAGAUAAACCAGGGAACCAUGGUAGACCUCUGGUAUGCGAGCAUGAUAUUUGAUUGAUUUAAUGCAAAAAUUCAGUAUUAAUGUAUUUCAUACUUGCAUGUAUCAAAGGAAAUAUCUCCAGAUUGAGUGAAAAUAAUUCAAAACAUACGAAAAUGUAAAUAAGGUCAACUGAGAAGUGACCUAUACUGAAUAAAGUUUUGAUACAAAAACACACAAAAGGCUACCAUUUCAUUUCUACUUCUAAAAAAUCUGCAGCAGGCAUACUCCCUAACAACUACUGUAAGGAAGGUUUUAACCCCUCCUACAGAGAUAAAUAGCAUUGGUUUUCUACAAAAAAUGCUGUUUCAAAGCCUGUUUGCAGUGUGGUCAUAAAUGCCUUGAUCUGUUCCUCCGUCCAGAUUAAUGAUAUUUGAGUACUAAUCAAUUAGACCCAGCCACGUAUAUUUAAAGAUUCCCCUGCCACUAUACGCUACAAGCAGAGCCUUUGGGAUCUUCAUCCUCCUCUUGGGCCUGAAAGUAUUAGCGUUCAUAAAUGUUCUAUAGCUCAUUAUUUUUCCUGCAGCACAUUUUCUCAUUGCUAAAAAUUUCAGUCAGUUUUGUGUGAUUUACAAAACAUUUCUUUAGUUUAAUGUCAGUUUUCUAUUUAUUUAUCAUAAUAACACUUUUUCAAUGCAUUUGAUCUGUUUUAAUACCAGAUAUGUCAUAACUGAGUAUUCCUCAUGCAAUAAACUGAACAAAGAGAA